UCCAUGGAAGAGUUUUUGGAAGGCGGUGAUUGUGGAAAUCCGAAUUCUACCAACACGAGGAAUUUCGCAAAUCCUUAUAAAUAAUCCCCUCCCAAUCAGAAAGCUUUGUCAAUCAAAAACUUGUUUGAAUCAGAUAAUCAACCAUGUCGACGAGUGCUGAUAGUCAUGAUUCACGCAAGAAAAAGAUGAUCGUGUUAAAUAGUUCCGACGGGGAGAGUUUCGAGGUGGAAGAAGCCGUGGCGGUGGAAUCGCAGACCAUAAAGCACAUGAUCGAGGACGGUUGCGCCGCGGCCACCGACGGCAUCCCGCUUCCCAACGUGAGCGGAACCGUGCUGGCGAAGAUCCUCGAGUAUUGCAACGGCCGCUUCAACAUAUCAUCGUCAUCGGAACCACCACAUGAAGAAAAACUGAAAAAAGCCCUCAAAUCGUUCGACUCGGAAUUCGUGAAGGGAAUGGGCCAUAAGACUCUUUUGGAGCUCGCAGAGGCGGCCAACUAUCUGGACCUACAGAGCCUUUUGGGCCUCACUUCAGUGACUCUAGCGGACAUGAUUAAAGACGCGAAGGUGGAGAAAGUUCGUGAGAUUUUCGGUGUGUUUGAAUGAUUACACCCCGGAGGAAGAGAGGGAGGUCCGCAGGGAGUAUGAAUGGGC